AUGACGAUUAUUGAGGAGGUUCAAAAUCUUAAAACAAGUCAGGAAGCUCUCACCAAAUCAGUCGACGAUUUCAUGCAUGCAAUGGCAGAAAGUCAUGAUGAUUUGGAAGGAUUAGAUACUUUGUUUACUAGAUUACAGACUUCAAACACCAAAAAUAUGGUUGCGCUAAUGGAUGAUAACAGGAGAGCAAUGGCUACUAUGAUGCAAGCAAAUAAACAGGAUAUAACUUCCCUUGGUGAUACUAUCGCUAGAAGUAUGACACAACUUCUUCUGGCCCGUUUUCCUAUCAAUACUACUCCUCCUGGUUUCAAUACCAACACUAAUGGAAACAUUGGAACUACUGGUCUAAAUAAUGGUUCUCUUUUUGACAACAAUUCUGGUAUUCGAGCAGCUUCUAUCAAUUUGAAAUUUCCAACUUUUGAUGGUACAGAUCCAGCAGGAUGGAUUUUUCAGUCAGAUCAAUACUUUCGUCUGCAUAACAUAGCAGAAGCUCUCAAAAUACCUUUAGCCACUGCUCACUUUACUGGUGAAGCCAAUGCCUGGUAUAAAUGGAUUCAAGGUAAGUUAACAGAUCCUUUUUGGCUGCACUUUUGUUCCCGUAUCUGUGAUCGUUUUGCUGACAGAAAGUUUGCAAAUCCUCGUAUGGCAUUAUCUUCAAUGUCUCAGAAGGGAUCAGUUCGUGACCAUAUUUCAGAGUUUGAAGAAAUUUUAAAUUUUGUUACGGAUUUUCCUGAGGAUUAUAUUGUUGAUCUUUUUAUUAAAUCAUUGAAACCUGAGAUAAGAUCUAUGGUCGAAGUACUGGAACCUCAAACCUUAUUUGUAGCCUUCAAGAAAGCUCUUAAACAGGAGGAUGUGCUAAUUCAAACUUCUUCCUCUUACAAAACAGCUCGACCUAAUCCUUUCCGACAAGCACUUAAUGCUCAGCAAUUUAGGAAAAGUGCAAUUCCUCCAGGAGCUAAACGAUUAUCUCUUGAAGAACAAAGGGAGAAACGUGAUAAAGGACUAUGUUUUAAUUGUGAUCAACUAUAUGUUCCUGGUCACUUAUGUGCUAAACCUCGUUUAUUAAUUAUGGAUAUGGCUCCAAACAAUGAUGAUAACUCCAAUGAUUAUUAUGAAGAAGAAGUUAUGGAUGAUACUACCAUCAAUACAGCUGACGUUAAUAAAGAAUCAGAAAUUUCUCUGCAUUCUUUAAUGGGUUCUUCUUUUCCUAAAACUAUGAGACUCACAGGUUAUAUCAAAGGAGAACCUCUUACAGUUCUCAUUGAUUCAGGAUCUACUCACAAUUUCUUACACCCAUAUAUUGCUACAAAACAUGGUUUUUCUACUAAACCUAGUGGCACUGCUUUGAAUGUUAUGGUGGUUCUUGGUGUUCAGUGGCUGCAAACCUUGGGAGAGCAUAUGAAAUUCCAUUUGCAUAAUACUGACUAUUUAUUGGUUGGGAAUUCUUCUGCUUUAAUCAUGCUCAUGAACAGUUCUCCACUGCAACGAUUUUUGGAUUGUGCACACAAUGGUUUUCUACUUCAGCUCACUCCUAAUUUAUCAACAACACCUUCUGGUAUGAUACCCACUGAAGUUUCAGAAUUACUUUUCCGUUAUUCAGAUAUUUUUGAGCCUCCAUCAUCCUUACCUCCUUCUAGAGAUCAUGAUCAUCGCAUAUCUUUACUUCCUAACACUGCACCAGUUAAUGUUAGACCGUAUAAAUAUCCACACUUUCAAAAAGCUGAAAUUGAGAAAAUUGUGUCUGAACUUAAGCAAGCAGGGUUCAUUCGUCAAAGCUCUAACCCUUAUUCUUCUCCUGUGUUAUUGGUUCAAAAGAAAGAUAAUAGUUGGCGUAUAUAUGUUGAUUAUCGAGCACUUAACAAAGUUACUGUGAAUGAUAGAUUUCUAAUUCCAGUAGUGGAUGAAUUGAUUGAUGAAAUGAAUGGAGCUAUAAUUUUUUCAAAGGUAGAUAUGCGAUUUGGCUUUCAUCAAAUUAGAUUGUUUGAUGCAGAUAUUCAUAAGACAGCUUUUAUAAUGCAUGAUGGUCAUUAUGAAUUCUUAGUAAUGCCUUUUGGAUUAUCUAAUGCACCUGCAACAUUUCAGAGUUUGAUGAAUGAUGUGUUUCGACCUUAUCUUCGAAAAUUCGUUUUGGUGUUUUUCGAUGACAUAUUGAUUUACAGUAAAUCUUUGGCUGAACAUCUUAAGCAUCUGAAGAUUGUAUUUGAGUUACUACGAACAGACAAGUUAUUUUUGAAGAAAUAUAAGUGUGACUUUGCAAAGACAUCCAUUGGUUAUCUUGGCCAUACUGUCUCGGCUGAAGGUGUUGCUGUGGAAGAAGAUAAGAUUUCAACCAUUAAGAACUGGCCAAUUCCUUCUACAAUUAAAGACCUUAGAGGCUUCUUGGGUUUGGCAUGUUAUUAUCGCGAAUUUGUGAGAGAUUAUGGAAAAAUAUGUGUUCCAUUAACUAAGUUAUUAAAACAAGAUGCUUUCAAAUGGCCUGAGCAAGCUACAUAUGCAUUUAAUCAACUCAAAUUUGCCUUAACAAGCACUCCAGUUUUGGCGCUACCAGAUUUUACAAAGGAGUUUUGUUUAGAAUGUGAUGCUUCUGGUAAUGGGUUGGGUGCAGUUUUAAUGCAGUCUAACAAACCUAUUGCAUAUUUCAGCAAACCACUAUCUGGUAAGAAUUUGAAUCUAUCUGUAUAUGAUAAGGAAAUGCUUGCUAUUGUCUCUGCAGUAAACAAAUGUAGUCCUUAUUUGCUUGGAAGACACUUUAAAAUCUACACAGAUCACAGAAGUCUUAAAUACUUUCUUGAGCAAAUAUUGUCUUCUUUAGAACAACAAAAAUGGUUGUCCAAAUUGUUGGGUUAUGAUUAUGAGAUCGUAUAUAAGUGUGGAACUGCAAAUAGAGUUGUAUAUGCUUUAUCAAGAUUGGCUAAUCCUCAACUUUUGGCCAUUACUACUCCCAUUUUUUCUGGAAUCAAUGGAAUUGUCCAAGAAUGCCAUGCAGAUGCCGUCUUAGGUCGUAUUGUUGUGGUAUCUACUUCUGAGUGGUGCAACAAACUACUUUAUGAGUUCCAUUCAACUCCAUUAGGUGGACAUUCUGCUUCAGCUCCUCCUGGAUUACUUCAACCAUUAUCUAUCCCUACUGAUGUAUGGAUUGAUAUUUCAAUGGACUUUAUUGAUGGUUUUCCAUUAUCUAACAGGAAUAACUCUAUACUGGUGGUUGUGGAUCAUCUAUCCAAGUAUGCUCACUUCAUAGCAUUAUCACACCCUUAUUAUGCUUCUACCAUUGCUGAUGUCUUUAUUCGAGAAAUUGUUCGUCUUCAUGGAAUGCCUAAAACAAUAACUAGUGAUCGAGAUCCUAUCUUCAUGAGUCAAUUUUGGGAAGCAUUCUUUUCUCAGCAAGAUACUCAACUUUGUCGAAGUUCAGCAUAUCAUCCUCAAACGGAUGGUCAAACUGAGGUAACAAACAGAACUUUAGAAUUUUAUUUACAUUGCUUUACUGGAAUCAGGAAAACAGAUUGGUUCAAAUGGCUUACAUGGGCUGAAUGGUGGUAUAAAACCAGUUAUCAUUCAUCUAUUAAGAUGACUCCUUAUCAAGAUUUGUAUUGUCGAGCUCCACCAACAAUUUCAACUUAUCUCCCUGGAACAACUCUUGUGCAUGUUGUGGAUGAGUUAUUAAGAGCUAGAGAUUAUAUUCUGAGAAUUCUUCACUCUAAUGUACAUGAUGCUCAAGCUAGGAUGAAAACGUAUGCCGAAAUUCAUAGAACUGAACGUUAUUUUGCUGUCAAUGAUUGGGUUUUCCUUCGUAUUCAACCAUAUCGUCAGACAACAGGUCGAGAUAAGACUUUUUCUAAACUAUCCCCAAAAUUCUAUGGACCAUUUCAUAUUGUUGAGAAAAUUGAUCCGGUGGCAUAUAGAUUAGAUUUACCAGAAACAAGUCGCAUACAUCCAGUAUUCUAUGUUUCUCAGUUAAAAUUGAAACUUGGCUCUUCAACUGUUGUCAAUACUGUUCUUCCCAUUACUGUGGACUAUGAGAAAUGGGAACCUGAGAAGAUAUUGGAUCGUAAGAUGUUCAAAAAAGGUGAUAUUGCUGGAACUAGAUGGCUCAUUAAGUGGAAGGAUCGCUCUAAUGAUGAAGCCACUUGGGAAGAUGCAAAUGUGUUUCUUGAGAGAUUUCCAGAAUUCCAGACUUGA